AUGUGGUUUUUUGGAUCGAAAGGAGCAUCUGGAUUCUCGUCUCGUUCCACUGCAGAACAAGUCACUCAUGGAGUUGACGGAACCGGCCUCACUGCCAUAGUCACAGGAGCAUCGAGUGGUAUAGGAGUAGAGACAGCGCGUGUUCUUGCACUUCGUGGUGUGCACGUGGUUAUGGCGGUGAGGAACACGGGUUCUGGUGCUAAAGUUAAGGAAGAUAUUGUCAAUCAAGUCCCUGGAGCUAAGGUUGAUGUCAUGGAGUUAGAUCUCAGCUCAAUGGAAUCUGUCAGGAAAUUUGCAUCUGAGUACAAAUCUGCUCGUCUUCCACUCAACCUCUUGAUAAACAAUGCCGGGAUAAUGGCAUGUCCUUUUAUGCUCUCCAAGGACAACAUUGAGCUGCAAUUCGCAACCAACCAUUUGGGUCAUUUUCUGUUGACAAAACUUCUGCUAGAUACAAUGAAGAACACAUCACGUGAAAGCAAACGAGAAGGAAGGAUUGUUAAUCUAUCAUCAGAAGCUCAUCGGUUCUCAUAUCCGGAAGGAGUCCGCUUUGAUAAAAUCAACGACAAGUCAAGUUACAGUAGUUUCCGAGCUUAUGGACAAUCAAAACUCUGCAAUAUUCUGCACGCCAACGAGCUUUCAAAGCAACUGAAGGAAGAUGGAGUCAACGUAACAGCAAAUUCAGUUCAUCCAGGAGCUAUUAUGACAAAUCUCGGCCGCUACUUUAACGGCUUUUUGGCUGGAGCUGUUGGUGCAGUGGCUAAGUAUGUGCUCAAGACUGUUCCACAGGGGGCGGCAACAACUUGCUAUGUGGCAUUGCAUCCUCAGGUUGCAGGAGUCACAGGAGAAUACUUCUCAGAUAGCAACAUUGCUAAACCAUUACCGCUUGCCAAAGAUGCAGAAUUGGCUAAGAAAGUUUGGGAUUUCAGCACGAAGCUUACCGAUUCGCAAUCAGGAGGAACUAGUUCUUGA